CCCGCUAAUGAGAGAAUGGUUUUAAGUUGUCACGUACUUUACGUGAGUAGUUUAUCGCAGAGGAACCAGUACUGCCGUACGUGUUUGUGAAGUGAACAUCUUGUCAGUGCGUUGAAGCUGGAGGGUUGUAGUAGUUGUAACAUUCAGCAGCAUGGACUGUGAGGAUGAUUUUGAAGACGAUGACGAACAGGAGGACUGGCGUUCUUGUGACUGGGCUCAACCGGGGAAUCAGGCCCCAAGUCGUCAAAAUUCCAAAAGGGACUCCGAGAUGGAGAAAACACAGCGUCAAAAACAAGACGGCAGCUCAUUCAGUGAUCUUAGUGCAACCAAAGCUAAUGAAGAUGGUAAAGACCUCGUAUCCCGUAUGGCUCUCAACGACAACAAGGCUGGAAUGGAGGGCCUGGACAAGGAGAAGAUCAACAAAAUCAUAUAUGAGGCAUCAAAGGGCUCAAGAUUUUAUGAAAAUGAACUGAAGAAAGAAGAACAAGUAAUCAUCAGGAUAGCUGAGCAGAAAAGGAAGUUUUUGAAGUUGACCAAGAAGAACAUAGAGCAAGGCACAAUAGAGGCAGACAAGUUACUUCACCAGUUGGAAGAAUCCCGGGAUCUUGGACAUACAAUAGUUCAUGUGGACAUGGAUGCUUUCUAUGCUGCUGUAGAAAUGCGGGAUGCACCAAGUCUGAGAAAUAAACCCAUGGCUGUAGGAGGAAUGGGCAUGUUGUCAACGUCCAACUACUUGGCCAGAAGAUUUGGUGUUCGAGCAGCAAUGCCUGGUUUCAUUGCAAAGAAACUGUGUCCAGAUCUUGUAAUCGUUCCAACAAAUUUUGACAAGUAUCGAGCUGUGAGUAAAGAGGUGCGAGACAUUAUGUCAGAGUAUGAUCCCAACUUUUGUCCAAUGAGUUUAGAUGAGGCGUACCUGGACUUCACAGACCACUUGGAAAAAAGACAAAACUUGUCCGAAGCUGAAAGAACACAUACAUUAACCACUGACAGGUGCACUUGUUUGGAACAUUCUGGUGUUGAGAGUCAUGAAAAUGGUAAACCCUCAAGAAGCAAGAGGGAAGUUUCCACUGAAGAAAAUGCUAAUGGUGAACAUUUGGUAAUUGGCAACAGUGAAGUUACGCAGAGUAAGCCAGAAAAAGAUAAUUUUGACAGUGGUGAUGAUAAUGGUGACCAUGGUAAUGAUAAUGGUAACAGUGGUCAUGAUAACGGUGACCGUGGUGAUGGUAACUGUGUCCAUGGUGAUGAUAAUGAUGACAGUGGUGCUCAUAUUUCAACUAUUGGUGCUGCAACAGCAGAACAUGGAUGCCCCCAGUGUGGGAAAGGAGUGGUAAUCAAAGAAGUCAGGACAUUUGGACUUAGUGCCGAGGAAGCAGUGCAUGAAAUGAGGUUCAGAAUACAACAGAAAACAAAUCUCACUGCAAGUGCAGGCAUAGCCCCCAACACAAUGCUGGCCAAAGUGUGCUCUGACAAGAACAAGCCCAAUGGGCAGUAUAUGAUACCAGCCACCAGAGAGGCAGUCAUGGAUUUUGUGAAAGAUAUGCCCAUUAGAAAGGUGUGUGGGAUUGGCAAAGUAUCUGAGAAGAUGCUGAGUGCUCUUGGUGUGACCACCUGUGCUGAUGUGUAUGAGAAGAGGGGGAUAUUGUAUCACCUGUAUUCCCAGGUGUCAUUCAAGUACUUCAUGCAGAUUUGCCUUGGUAUUGGCUCGACGAGAAUUGGCAGAGAUUCUGAGAGAAAAAGCAUGAGUGUUGAAAGGACAUUUCAAGAAAUGAGCAAAACGACUGACCUCUACCAGAAGUGCAGUGAACUGUGUGAAGAACUUGCCAGUGAUCUUAUGCAGGAGAACUUGAGUGGGAAAACUGUGACUCUCAAGCUGAAAACUGUCAAGUUUGAAGUCAAAACCCGCGCCCAGUCCUUAGUUGAGUAUACCUGUGACAGUGACUGCAUUUAUAAAGCUGCACAAGAUUUACUAAGAGCAGAAAUUCUGGCGUGUUCUCCAAAUCCUUUAAGGUUGAGGCUCAUGGGGGUCAGAAUGUCUAACUUCCAGUCUCAAAACGCAAAGAAAGAUCAAAAGCAGACAACACUUGUGAGUUUUCUCAACAAGACUAAAGUGGCAACAGAGGCCAGUGUGAGCAGUGAAGGCUGCCUGGUGAAGGACAAACCCCUGGAAAACCUUUCUGGUUUUAAUUUAAGCUCAUUCAUGAAAGGUGACACUUCAUGUGACAUGGAUUCUGAGGUUGCUGUCAAUUCCUCAAAACCCCUUUCAGAAGAAAAAGCUACUGGGCAUGAAGAACUGGAAAACUCUGCUAGUUUUGUUGGAACUUCGUAUCCCCCAGCUACAUGUACUGCCAGCAGUAAUAGAAAUAGUAUUAAACAGAGUGCAGCAGAUAUGGUUAAAUAUCAGUGUCCUGUGUGUAAUAUCAUUCAACAGUGCAGAAACCUGGAGGAGUUUAACUGCCAUGUGGACCUUUGUCUAAACUCACAAAGUGAUAAUUCUAUAGAAACAGAUAUAAUUGAACCUCGCAGGCAGUGCCGGAGAGUUCAUGCAAAGAAUACAAUAACAGUAUCAGAGUUUGAGACACAAGGGUCAGAUGAUGUUCACACUAAUGAUGCCAGUACAUCUGAAGAGAGUCGCUGCCCGUCCACUGCACCACCAUCCCUAGUGUGUCCUGUGUGUGGCAUCCAGCAGUGGGAUCCAGAUCUGGACAGAUUUAACAGACAUGUGGAUGCCUGUCUCAGCAAAACAACCAUCAAGGAAAUCCUUCAGGAACAGGGAGGAGGUCAUAAAAGAGAAAACUGGACUGGGUUACAGCCAUCAGCCAAACGUAGAAGAAGUGACAAAGCAUUGAAUGGACAAAAUGGCCAGACGCUGGACAAAUUCUUCAUGUGAAAAGUUAUGUAGUUGUAGAAAUGUGGAUAUAAACAGAUGUUUAUUUCAGUGGUAAUUAGGGACAGAUGCAGGUGAUGUGGUUGUACUGCAUGUUAACAACAUACUAUCUGUCAGCCUUGUUUCUGCUCAGGAAGCAUGUAUAACCAUAGUAACAGAGUUUUUUUAUAAGUAAGACCGCUUUCUUUUUGAAUAUUGGUAAUGUCCAAUUUUUUGGUUUUAUCACCAGAUGAGUAGAAAUCAGUGGUGCAGGUGUUUUCCCCUCUUGCCAUCUCUUGAGGGAUAAUUCCUUAUAUAAGUGCAGAGUUAAAUGUUUAUGUGCUAUUGUUAAUUGUAUGCUGCUGUCAUUGUUGUUUAAAAAGUAUUUUAAAAAAUUAAUUCUUAACUAUAGGAUUUAAGUCACUCAUCUAUUCAUACACUACCACCACAAUUCCUAGAGUUUAUGGCCAGACCAAUUCUCCUUUGGUUACAUUAUAUUUGUCUGCAGUCAUUUCAUGGGAUAUGCCAAGUGGUAUGGGUACAUGCAUGAAAAAUAAACUGUAAGGGACAAGUCUGAUAUGGUGCUUGUAACUAGGGUGAUGUGCUACAGCUUGAGAGAAAAUUUUUGAAAGAUUCUGUCUGUAAUUCAGACAUUUCUCUUUAUUACACAAUACAUAUUGCACUCUGCAGUCUUAUCUUUCUAUAUUGUAAAUGUACAUUACUAGUCUCUUUGUCUAUUGUUAUUCUAUAUUGAACUUUAAGUUAAAUUUAGACAGCUUGGUAGAGGUAAAUUGUUUCAUAGUCAUGGAUGUUUCUUAAUUUAUUAUAUCUCAGUGCCAACGUCCCAUCAUCUCAGUGCCAAUGUCCCAUCAUCUCAGUGCCAAUGUCCCAUCAUCUGAACCAUCUGUGCUUGUGUGCUACACCUCUCAGAGGCUUCUUCCUGUUGAAAGCUGUGUCAAGAUAACCCCUAAGUACUAUUAGACUAGAUAAGCUGGUGUAAUUUAUAAACUUGGUCUGGCUGAGGGUUAAAUGUACUCCAUUGAUCUAACCACAGAAGAUUAUUUCAUGUAGUUUUCCCCUGUCUCCUGAAGACCAUCGAUCUGAGUGCUGCUCCCACUUUCUCUACAACCUUUGUCUUAUUUGAAUAAUAAUGUUUGUCUCUUCUCAUCAAUAUUAACACUUGUACUGAAAGCUGAAUGCCCCUCAUUUUCAAAAUACUUAGUAACAUUUUGUAACAAUAACUCCGACUGUGAUCUAAACACUAACAAAUAAAACAGGACUACAAGAAAACUGAGUUAAAUGCACUUUGAUCUAAUUAGCAUUAAAAACCAUACUGAGCUAUCUUUAAAAUUAACUUCUUUCAAGCAUGGCAUUAUUUAAUGUGUGCAAUAUUUGUCAAUAUCAUCCAGGAAUUCUGCCAUCCAUUCCCAAUGCUGAAAUAGGAACUGGCCAAGCACCUUUUGCUGUUCCCAUUGGCAUGGUAUUUCUUCUAAUGAUGUGGAGUUCUCUGGUCAGGAUUAUAUAUUUCUAAGAUCUGAGAUCCAUGCUCAGAUCUUCAUAAUCUUUCAUGGCUCUUGGAAGCUAAAAGGUGGGUAACAAAGAAAGUCGAUUCUUGAACACCUUUAUCUCUUUGCUAUUGAUAUCAGUGGAAUGCUGUCACCAAGCAUGCAGAAGUUUCCUGGAGGUUACAUUGACUGGAUUACUGCCAUUCCAUCAAAAAUGAAGGCAUCACCAGCUUUCAGAAAUUGAUUAAGCAAUCUACCCCUGUCUCAAAUACGUUCUUUUCCCUAGUUUAUUCAUUUCCUGCUUCAUGCUCUUCUUCUUUUGUAGCAGAUUGUUGAAGCUACCACAGGGUCAAAAGCUGGGGACGAAAGAAGUGGUAUUUGCUCAUAAGGCUGA